AAAAUCAGACGCCAUUUUUAUGGAAAUUUACGACACGGUGAAGUGCUGUUCUAAAUUACUGUAAAAAUUAAAUAAUUUACUACAUUAAAAGCUCUAAUAUCUGGUGCUUAGCUCACCAGACGUAUCCAUCAUGUAUGAUACCGAAGACGAUCAAUAUGAGGAGGAAGACGUUGAAGAAAUCUCUUCUGAACUUUGGCAAGAAGCUUGUUGGAUUGUCAUCAACGCUUACUUUGAUGAAAAAGGUUUAGUACGACAACAACUCGACAGUUUUGAUGAAUUUAUUCAGAUGUCUGUCCAACGAAUUGUAGAAGAUUCGCCCCCCAUAGAACUACAAGCAGAAGCUCAGCAUUCGUCUGGAGAAAUUGAAACUCCACCAAAGUAUCUAUUGAAGUUUGAUCAGAUUUAUUUAUCGAAGCCAACACAUUGGGAAAAGGAUGGUGCCCCAUCGCCUAUGAUGCCUAACGAAGCACGCCUUCGUAAUUUGACCUAUUCAGCCCCACUCUACGUUGAUAUAACCAAAACUAUUGUAAAGGAUGGAGAAGACCCUAUUGAAACUCAACAUCAAAAGACCUUCAUUGGAAAAAUUCCAAUCAUGCUGCGGUCAACAUACUGUCUAUUGAGCAAUUUAACUGACAGAGAUUUAACUGAAUUGAAUGAAUGCCCUCUAGACCCUGGUGGCUACUUCAUUAUUAAUGGAUCAGAGAAAGUACUUAUUGCUCAGGAAAAGAUGGCAACAAACACUGUGUAUGUGUUUAGUAUGAAAGAUGGCAAAUAUGCUUAUAAAACCGAAAUUCGAUCAUGUUUAGAACACAGUUCUAGGCCCACAUCCACUCUAUGGGUUAACAUGAUGGCUCGUGGUGGGCAAAGUAUCAAGAAGUCUGCAAUUGGUCAGAGAAUUAUUGCCAUUGUGCCAUACAUAAAAUCUGAAAUACCCAUUAUGAUUGUAUUCAGAGCUCUUGGAUUUGUAGCAGACCGAGAUAUACUUGAGCAUAUUAUCUAUGACUUUGAUGACCCUGAGAUGAUGGAAAUGGUAAAACCCUCUCUUGAUGAAGCUUUUGUGAUUCAAGAACAGAAUGUGGCACUGAACUUCAUUGGAGCUCGUGGAGCCCGGCCCGGUGUUACCAAGGAGAAACGUAUGAAGUAUGCCAGAGAAAUUUUGCAAAAAGAAAUGCUGCCUCAUGUUGGAGUUUCUGACUUCUGUGAAACCAAGAAGGCAUACUUCUUAGGAUACAUGGUCCAUAGAUUGCUAUUGGCUGCAUUGGGACGCAGGGAACUUGAUGACAGAGAUCAUUAUGGAAACAAGAGAUUGGACUUGGCUGGACCUCUUUUGGCAUUCUUGUUCAGAGGGUUGUUUAAAAACUUGUUAAAAGAAGUAAGAAUGUAUGCCCAGAAGUUCAUUGACAGAGGAAAAGACUUUAAUUUGGAACUUGCAAUCAAAACAAAGAUCAUUACUGAUGGUCUCAGAUAUUCACUAGCUACAGGCAAUUGGGGUGAUCAAAAGAAAGCUCACCAAGCCAGGGCUGGAGUGUCCCAGGUGUUGAAUAGAUUGACAUUUGCUUCAACACUAUCACAUUUACGUCGUGUGAACUCACCCAUUGGUCGAGAUGGAAAGCUAGCCAAACCUAGGCAGUUACACAAUACUCUGUGGGGAAUGAUUUGUCCAGCUGAAACACCUGAAGGUGCUGCUGUCGGCUUGGUAAAGAAUUUGGCCUUGAUGGCUUACAUCUCUGUUGGAAGUCAGCCAUCUCCAAUUCUGGAGUUCUUGGAGGAAUGGUCUAUGGAGAACUUGGAAGAAAUAGCACCAUCAGCUAUUGCAGAUGCAACCAAGAUCUUCGUGAAUGGUUGCUGGGUCGGUAUUCACAGAGACCCUGAACAGUUGAUGGCUACAUUGAGAAAACUGAGACGUCAAAUGGACAUUGUUGUGUCAGAAGUAAGCAUGAUUCGUGACAUAAGAGACAGAGAAAUUAGAAUCUACACAGAUGCUGGCCGAAUCUGUCGCCCAUUACUGAUUGUUGAAAAUGGCGCUCUUUUACUGAAAAAGAAACAUAUUGAUAAUCUCAAGGAGAGAGACUACAACAACUAUGGAUGGCAGAAUUUGGUAGGAAGUGGUGUGGUAGAAUACAUUGACACUUUGGAAGAAGAAACAGUCAUGAUAGCAAUGAGCCCUGAUGAUCUUGCUCAAGUAAAAGAAUAUGCCUACUGUACCACUUACACUCACUGUGAGAUCCAUCCAGCUAUGAUAUUGGGUGUUUGUGCAUCCAUUAUUCCAUUCCCUGAUCACAACCAAAGCCCCAGAAACACCUACCAAAGUGCUAUGGGUAAGCAGGCUAUGGGUGUCUACAUCACCAACUUCCAUGUACGGAUGGACACACUUGCUCAUGUCCUGUAUUACCCUCACAAGCCACUUGUGACCACCAGAUCCAUGGAGUACUUGAGAUUCCGAGAGUUGCCAGCCGGUAUCAACUCUAUUGUCGCCAUUCUCUGCUACACUGGUUAUAACCAAGAGGACAGUGUCAUCUUGAAUGCAUCAGCGGUGGAAAGGGGAUUCUUUAGAUCUGUGUUCUAUCGAUCCUACAAAGACUCUGAAUCCAAGAGAAUAGGAGAUCAAGAAGAACAAUUUGAAAAGCCGACUAGACAGACUUGUCAAGGAAUGAGAAAUGCUUUGUAUGACAAGCUAGAUGAGGAUGGCAUCAUUGCCCCAGGUAUCAGAGUAUCAGGUGACGACGUCGUCAUUGGCAAAACUAUUACACUACCAGAAAACGAUGAUGAGUUGGAAGGAACUACUAAACGUUACUCAAAACGAGAUGCUUCAACAUUUUUGCGUAACAGCGAAACUGGUAUUGUAGACCAAGUCAUGUUGACAUUGAACAGUGAAGGGUAUAAGUUCUGCAAAAUCCGUGUCCGAUCAGUUCGUAUUCCACAGAUUGGUGACAAGUUUGCUUCCAGGCACGGACAGAAGGGAACCUGUGGUAUCCAGUACAGGCAAGAAGAUAUGCCCUUCACUUGCGAAGGACUUACACCAGACAUCAUUAUCAAUCCUCACGCUAUUCCAUCGCGUAUGACAAUUGGUCACUUGAUCGAAUGUAUUCAAGGAAAAGUGUCCUCCAACAAGGGUGAAAUCGGAGAUGCGACACCAUUCAACGAUGCCGUAAACGUGCAGAAAAUAUCCUCACUCCUGCAAGAAUAUGGUUACCAUCUUCGUGGCAAUGAAGUUAUGUACAAUGGACACACCGGAAGAAAGAUAAACGCGCAAGUCUUCUUGGGACCUACAUACUACCAACGUCUCAAGCAUAUGGUGGACGACAAGAUCCACUCUCGUGCCCGAGGGCCGGUGCAGAUCCUUGUGAGGCAGCCUAUGGAGGGCAGGGCCAGGGACGGAGGGCUGCGGUUUGGUGAGAUGGAGCGCGACUGUCAGAUCGCGCACGGCGCGGCGCAGUUCCUGCGCGAGCGCCUGUUCGAGGUAUCGGACCCCUACCGCAUCCACGUGUGCAACUUCUGCGGCUUGAUCGCCAUCGCUAACUUGCGCAACAACACGUUCGAAUGCAAAGGAUGCAAGAACAAGACGCAGAUAUCCCAGGUGCGGCUGCCGUACGCGGCCAAGUUACUGUUCCAGGAGCUCAUGUCGAUGAACAUUGCUCCUCGCCUUAUGGUAGUUAGUUAAGAAUAAUGAAAUAUAAUUCCUAAUGUAAGUUUUUUUUGGACAAAUAAAUGAUCGUAAACAUUUCAAAA